GCCGCUGUUUUUUGCCUCUCAGCCAAUCGGCGCGGCCCCGCACGCGCUAUCCGGCUCGAGACGGCUCAGCUCGAGCGCCCUGUGGAACUUCGGCAGAUCUGCGCGCGCACAGAGCAAUAAGCAACAAGCCUGAGUGGAAGAAGAAACAAAAUGCUGCAGGCCGAGUUUGAGAAGAUUGCAGCGGAUGUGAAGCAGGUGAAGAGCAGGCCAUCUGACCAAGAGCUGCUGGACCUGUAUGGACUCUACAAGCAGGCUGUCGCUGGAGACAUUAACAUCGAUGCACCUGGAAUGUUGGAUUUGAAAGGAAAAGCCAAAUGGGAAGCUUGGAAUUCCAGGAAAGGCGUGUCCACAGAAGACGCCAUGACUGCCUACGUCACCCUGGCCAAGGAAGUCAUCAGUAAAUAUGGCAUGUGAUGACGUUUUAAUCACUGGAAUAGGUUUGCAUGUGAGCCCAAAAAAUAGUGGCUGUGAUACUUGGACAGAUCGAUUAAACCUUUUUAACUGUUAACCGAUCAGCUGGUGUGAGUCUGUAUAUUAACAAUGCCAUAGUUACAGUACUGUAAAGGGCUAAAGAUGUAAUGCUAUAUUUUUUUGCAUAUGAUAUAAAAUAAUAACACAUACUUUAAAAACC